AUGAAUGAGAGAUUGGUAGUGGAUGAAACUUGCCAUGAUGUCGCUGUGGUGGGGGGAGGAAUUGGAGGGGCGUACUCGGUUUGGAGACUUCGUAACCAGGGACUCAAUGUCGGUCUAUACGAGUAUUGUGACCGAUUGGGCGGUCGAUUCUACACACACACAUUCACACACGCCCCGGAUGUCCCAGUUGAACUAGGAGCUAUGAGAUUUAGUAAGAAAGAUCAUCAACUCCUGUAUCGCACCUUGCAAAAGGUCGGUUUAAAGACAAAGCCCUUUUUAGAUCGUGAUCAAGUAAAAAAUGAUGCGAUGUACUAUAUGAGAGGGAGGUAUCUACGAAAAACAGACUUCAGGGACAACAACAUACCUUACAAUCUGCGACAACACGAAAGACUUGGCAUAGAUAAUAUAUAUAGGUAUCUGAUCCAACAAACCAACUUCAGUGGAAAUGCAUCUUUAUUUGCUCAGGAACGGCGCUACCUUGUUUCAAAGGACGGUGUGAAAUUGGAACACCAAACAAUUCAGGAAUUUUUCAAGAAGUAUCUAAGUGGCGAAGCGGUCGACAUUUUAUCCAACACAAUAAAAUAUUCCUUAUAUCAUAUGUCUGCCGCGUCAGUAAUACCACAGCUAAUAUUCAAUGAUACCAUGGUUGGCGAAAAUUGGUUGACAAUAUCGGGAGGUAUGCAGCAACUACCAGUUAAACUUGUGAAGCAGUUCCUGUCCGUAAACACUAAACGCCACCUCCUCUAUCUCAACCACCAGCUGCUCAGUAUCUCGAGGAAGACGGAGGAUAAGUAUAACCUUAUGUUUGUAAGAACACGAACGCUUGACGGGAAAACAAUGCAAAGUAAUGAGUCAGUCAUUGUGUGUAGUCGAAAGGUCAUUCUAGCUGUCCCUACCACUGCCUUGCUAAAAGUUAAUUGGGAAAUAUUACAGAAACCACCUAUUGUAUCCAACUUGAACACUGUAAACCAUCAAUUUGGUAUCAAAUUGUUUCUAGUGUACGAUUUUUCAUGGUGGUCAGACAUCCAUAGUAAAUCCGAUGUAUUCUGUGGUAAGUUACAUCUACACAAUUAUCGACAAAAGUGUCCAAACCCGAUUAUUCAGCAUUACCAUUAUUACCAUCACCAAGUCGCCAAGUUCGCCAGUAGCUGGUAUGCCACGCCAAAACGAACCGGCGCUGUAAUAUUAACCUCCGACCUUCCCCUAGAAAGGACUGUGGAUUUCGGGGUAUCCAAGCAGACAGGAGCAGCUGUCUUGAUGGUAGCUUACUCAUCACACGACAUGUGGCGGGAGCUACAGAAGCAUGGCAAUCACAUGUGGACACAGCAACAUGGCGUAACCACGGAAGUUGUGCGCCACGCCCACCUGUACCUGUCGCAACUGUACAAUAUUCCUGUUAAAAACAUCCCCGAGCCCAUCGAUGGUCGGAUAUCUCAGUGGAACGAAUAUCCAUACGGUGGGGCCUACUCCACGUGGAAAAUAGGAGUCCACUGGAGCCAGGUUUGGAAAUUGCUCCAUAAGCCGUCUGUGAUCGAUGAUGUUUUUCUUACAUCAGGAUCAUACUGGAAUUACGAUUCUGAUACUUGGUCAGAAAAUACACUGGAAGUCAUCGACGAUAUAAUGCGUAGUUAUUUUUGAUUUUUUAAAAAAAGGCAUAUGUUCAAUUUUCCCUCCAUUUUUUCAAUGUUUCAUGUUUUGUUUAGUUUUGUUUUGUUUGGUUUUAUUUCGUUUCGUUGCGUUUGCUUUCGUUUCUCACUUUACAGGUACCCCUGUAGGUGUGACCAAGUGUCCCAUUCUCAUCGGUGUGAAAACAACACACAGAAAAGAAUGAAUUUAUCACAAUAUUCACCAAGUUCUUUAAAUAUACCAUAACUUUUUUAGAUGAUAUGCGUAUUCCACGAUUUAUAGGCAUGCAAAUCGUUUAGUGUAUUGGUGCACACUUGAUCUAAAAUCACGUGACAGAGGUGCUUGUAAGCAACUCCUUUUAUGGUAGGAAAGCCAGGUGUAUAUAGUAUGUAAUACAUUGAUAUGCGUAAGCAUAUAUAACACGAAUGUAUUUGUAAUUAUUAUACCGUUGUUUAUUCAAACGUUCUCCGAGGACGGGGAAGUGUCUCAGUCAUAGAAGAUACGGGUUGGGUUAGGGUUUCUUAUCAUUAAAAAUUAGGAUAACCAGGUACCGUUGUGGUGGUUUUGUAUCCCUCACCUUUGACCAAUAAGUUCGAUUCAUAUGGUUGAUUUCAUGAAUAUCAACUUGUAUUGCUAUAUUUUAUUUCAAUUGUCGUGUAAUAAAU